AUGCAGGCAGCCUGGCUCCUUGGGGCCCUGGUGGUCCCCCAGCUCCUGGGCUUCAGCCAAGGGGCUCGGGGACCUGAGAGGGAGUGGGAGGGGGACUGGGGAGGCGCCCAGGAGGAGGAACGGGAGAGGGAAGCCCUGAUGCUGAAGCAUUUACAGGAGGCCCUGGGGCUGCCCACUGCGAGGGGGGACGAAAAUCCUGAGGGAACCCCUGAAGACAAAGGGGCCUGGGAGACUGAGGAGGGCCAUCAGGGAGAGGAAGAAGAGGAAGCAAUGCCAAUCCCCUCCUCCAGCCCCAGCCCCAGCCCCAGCCCCAGCCCCUCUCCCACCCCGGAGGACACCGUCACUUACAUCCUGGGCCGCCUGGCGGGCCUAGACGCAGGCCUGCACCAGCUGCACGUCCGUCUGCACGUGCUGGACACCCGUGUGGUCGAGCUGACCAAGGGGCUGCGGCAGCUGCGGGAGGCGGUGGGCGACACCCGAGACAGCGUGCAAGCCCUACAGGAGGCGCAGAGCCGCGCGGAGCGCGAGCAUGGCCGCUUAGAGGGCUGCCUGAAGGGGCUGCGCCUUGGCCACAAGUGCUUCCUGCUCUCGCGCGACUUCGAGGCUCAGGCGGCGGCGCAGGCGCGGUGCGUGGCGCGGGGCGGGAGCCUCGCACAGCCAGCUGACCGCCAGCAGAUGGAGGCGCUCACUCGCUACCUGCGCGCGGCGCUGGCGCCCUACAACUGGCCGGUGUGGCUGGGCGUGCACGACCGGCGCGCCGAGGGCCUCUACCUCUUCGAGAACGGCCAGCGCGUGUCCUUCUUCGCCUGGCACCGCGCGCCCAGCCCCGAGUCCAGCGCCACGCCGCACCCGCUCAGCCCCAACCAGCCUAACGGCGGCGCGCUCGAGAACUGCGUGGCACAGGCCUCGGACGACGGCUCCUGGUGGGACCACGAUUGCGAGCGGCGCCUCUACUACGUCUGCGAGUACCCUUUCUAGCGGGGCCGGCCCCCCGCCUCUCCAUUCAAUCCCGAAACCCGCCCCUUGCCAGGGCCGUGCACCCUGCGAGAGCGCUUUCUUCUGUCCCACUCU